CUCUUUAUUGUUAGUGUCAGAAAGAAAUCGUUUAAGUCCGGGCGUAGUGCGUUUUGGCCUUUACAAUGCUUGGCAAAAAACCUUACGUAAUGUGUAUUUUAUUUUUUUUGAACGCUGACGCAAGUGUGUUCUUCCACGAAAAGUCACUCGUAGAGAUAAGGCCAGCUCAGUUGAAUAAUGAAACGGACUUUGGAUUUUCCCUAUCCUACCAGAGAGGCCAUCAAAAUCGAUUAGUGGUCGGUUCACCACACAGCGACUUGGACGGACAAGUAUAUGGUUGUCCCAUAGAAGAUGCAUUAAAAAAAAACACUGAAUGUCAACGUCUCACUAUUGAUUUUGAAAGGUUAGCCAGUGUUAAAGAUGAUAGAGAUAUCCUUAAUCCGAAUCAACACUUCUGUUUGGGAAUGUCCAUCAUUUCUACACCCGAAUAUUUCAUGACAUGCGCACCUUUAUGGCCAGCCAGAAUCGAAACCUCUGCUACCACCAGCACGAAACAGUUCGAUUCCUUCGGCACUUGCUUCGUCUAUUACAACGAAUCCGAUGUCAAACGGUAUAGAGGCUUGGUUGAACAACAUAUGGAAAAUUUUACCACUCAUUAUCUACAUCUGGCCGGUACCAUGGGUCUGAACAUAAUGUACGACCACCGUAAUGAAUUGAUACUUCUUGCGAAUCCAACUAGAUUUGGUGAAAUUUCAUACGUAAAGGCUACAGCGCCAACUACGAAUGUCAAGGGCUUGUACUCUCACAACUUAGUACUCAAAAAAAAGGACCAGGACAACAUAAAACAAAUAGGUUAUGCUUUAACUGCGGGGAAGUUCUUCUCCAACAUCGAUGAAUUUGUUUACGCAUUCAACUUGCAGGAUGCCAAUAGAGAAGAAAAAGUAGCAUUUUUGCAGUAUAAAGCCAAUGACCAUUCCUUGAAUAUUAUAAAUAAUGGUACCAUACUGUAUGUAACGGCAGAAGAAUUUGUUCCAAGAGAUGUGAGUAACACAUUGUUUGGUGCUGCUUUGAGUGGUGCUGAUCUAAAUUUGGAUGGAGUAAUGGAACUGUUAAUAGGCGCACCUACGUAUGCCGAGGUCGAAGACGUAUAUGAGACUGGUGCCUUGUUUAUUCUCAUCGGCGGAAACCCUAAUAUGAUAACUGAUAAGAGAAGACGUGCCAUAUAUGGGGAUAAAAAUGGAGCUCGUUUUGGGACAACGAUAGCUUGCACCGAUUUGGAUGGGGAUGCAAUUCCAGAAAUUUUUGUAUCUGCUCCAUACGCAGACGACGGUUUUGGGGUUUUAUAUAUCCUGUCGGGAUAUGAACUGAACAAGACACUGAUCAGCUCUGAUGUGCGAAGCAAAUACCUUGAGGAUUUCAAGAUGACGCAAAUGAUCAAAUCGGAAAGAUUUAAGUCGUUUGGUUAUAGCUUGCAGGUUGUGCCGGAACGUAAUAACCAAGGGUGCGAUAACUUGGCAGUGGGAGCACCAAAAACUGCAAAUGUUGCGUUCCUGCGGUGUAUACCGACAAUCAAUGUCACUUUGUCGGGAGAUACACUUAUUUCGAAUGUGAAAGAAUUGGACGACAAUUUUACACUACAAGUAUGCGUUAAUGUAUCUUAUCACGAUAAAUCAACAGUCAAUAUAAGCACUAAAUUGUUAGUAACAACCAAAGUCGUAAGUGGAAUUGACAUUGAAAUAGAGAAUCCGAAUUUUGAAGUAGAUUUGUCUGAAAGAUUGGACCAUCGUUGUGAUGAUGUCAUCGUGAAACCGCUUUACCACGAAUCGGGUAAAUAUGUCUUGAAAAGUCAACUGACCAGCGAUUUGGAGGCGUCACUUGUUGAAACAGACUUUAACAGCGCUUGGGUAUCUCUCAGUCCGUACAGUGUGACCAGCCUAACGAGCGAAGUUCAUCGAUCUUGUUUUAGUGAUUGUGCGCCUCGAUUAAACGUUUCGCUAUUAUUCGGUGGUCGGAACAGCACACAAAACUAUACUCUUGGCUCGAAACCUACUGAUACCUUGGAGGUAAUAGUGACCAACUAUGGCGGCACUGUAUCCACAACAUGUGUACGCGUGCGCAUAAAUGGUACAAAAGUUACUAGUACUGACUGCGAGAAAGAGGGAGCCAAUUCUACAUUUUAUGUGUGCAGCCUUCCAGCACCUUUACGGAGAGGGGCUACGGUUACAAUGCAAAUAACAUUGAACACAACGAGAUCAUUCCGUUCCAAGGAAAACAUCUAUGUAGAAACUCAUACAUUUGAAGACUGUCAUUCUUCUAAUGGGACCCAGGAAGAUUAUGAAUUCAACCUUGCUCUUAAUGGAGAUCAUGUUCAUUUAUACACCGUUGACAACAAUAUGACAAUAACUGAUGCGACUUUGAGCAGCACAAACGUAAAGGAUAUUCAGGAUACCCAUGAAUAUACUAUUAUUAAUAACGGAUCUAUUAUAUGGGAUGGUAUUAGAGCUGUGGUUUCUAUAGAAAAAUUAAAUUUCUUCAAUAAUACAUCAGUAUCGAUCACUCAGGGAACACAGUGCAGUGAAGAUAGUAGCGGAAGUAAAAUAAAAUUCACCUGCAUCGUUAAUUUGAUGCCACGUUCGGAUGUCAAAAUUAUCGUAGCUACAGACAUUUUGAAAAUGGAUAUUCAAAAGAAUUUGAUUAACGACAAAUUAGAAUUCGAUUCAAAUCUAGAUCUAAUUUUGGAUUCGAGUAUACAAAACAUCACCCAAAGGUAA